CCUAACUCUUUCAACUAAUUAUCAUAAGACACCGGCAACGACGCAAAAAACUUGAUCGCAUCUUGAUUGACCUUUAAAUUUCUAAAGUCGAAGCGCACUCUAGUCAAUCCUAACAAAGCCAAGUAUAACUAAGCUAGGAAUGUAGUAAAGUAACUAAGUCGUAUUCCAAGGAAAUAUUAGGAGGCUUACUAUUAUUUCACUCCGAACUACUAUCUAAUCAACUCAAAAAGUACCAUAUUUUGGGUUAGCGGGGGAUUUCCACGACUGGAAGGGGUAAUUCUCGCCUUCAAACGCGUAAGCCAGGAGCUUCCCCCCUCCUUUGAUCGACAAUAAAUUUAGGAGCUUCUGGUACUUUUUGAGUUGAUUAGAUAGUAGAUAUUGAAUAUGUUGCCGAUGGCCAUAAAUGGUUCGGACGAAGUUGUCGAUGGAGGAGUAGAUAUUAAAUACGUUGAGGAUUCUCCAAGGGAGGUGGUGAGAUAAUUCAAGUUCGGAGGAGGAUAGGGAAGGCGGACAUCGGUCGAAGGCUCGAAGCAGAAUCUCGAGUUGGAAGGUAAAAAAACAUGGGUAGGCGGAAGAAGUAAUGGUGGUGGGUAUGUCAUGGGGAAAACCGCAGUCACAACAGGAAGGGACACUGGGAGAGAAGUGACAGCAGGGGUUCAAGUGAAAAGAGGAGAUUAGUUUAGAUUUCUUUAAUUAUCAAUUGUUUUUGGAUAAGCCAAAAAUUAAAACAAGAUUCACAGCAAAUGAAGAGCAAUUUGAUCUUUUUUAGCUCAUUUAAUGACCACUUAAAAGAUAAUUAGACAUAAAGAUAAGUUUGUUACGUUUUAAUACUAGAAGGGUAUGUUCGUGCAAAAAAUUAGUAAAGGGGUACAUUUGUUAAUUUGUAAAAAUAAAUGAGUACAAAAUGCUAUUAACCCUUAAACCUUUCCUACUGCCAAGUCAAAGCUAAGGCCAGUUAUGCCUUCAAUGGCAAGAACUGCGAAUAUUCGAACAAGAGCUUCAGCUAAACCCAAGAUCGAAGAGUCGACAAGAGGAAUCACAACUAAAAUCUACCAAGUUUAGUUUUCUCGGUCUUUAUGGUUGCGUUUGGUGUGUCUUCGUACAAGAUCGAAAAGAGGGCUUUUAAUUUUGAAAGCAAGAAGAAAGGUUGGCUUCAGGGCCACGGGGUUUGGUCUGUGAUUUAUUCAUGGAUCGGAGAUUGGGUUUGAAUUUUAGGUCCGACCAACGGGAGGCGAUUGGUUAGACCAUUUUUGUCCCUACACCCCCUCACCAGGACCAUUCACAAGCUCCCAUUCUGGUCCCGUCCACCGACUGGAAUAACAAAGCUUGCCAAAUAAAUGAGCGAGUCAUCCCUCGCUUGAAAAUAAAGGAUAUUUUUUUCAUUGCCUCGACUCAACCCUAAGUAAGGAGUGUGCAAGUCUAGUUGUCCCUCUGAGCCACUCCAUAAACAUCGUUAAUCAAUAGGUUAGUUACCAUGUUCGGUAUAGACAGAGAAAGUAUGGAAUGAAAGUGACACGAUAGCUCUAACAGAAGCAAACUGUCAAGAGGGAUUAGUGCAGUCGUCAUCAAGUGACCAAUAAACAUAUGGGACUCACAUCUAAGGAGGGAAUUUGGCCACAACUUUAGGACCCCUCUUCCCACCCUUCUUACCAUCGUUCUUGUCAGGAGCUUGAAGCUUGAUUGAAACACCCUCUCCCAAGGAACAUAGUGCUUCAAAGGCAUACUCAACAGGCAGGUAACGCAGUUGGCAAAGUGGCGUUAAGCAUAGCGGUACGAAAAGAGAGGUCAUGAUGAUAUCAUCUACGUUCGUACCACUCCUCGUGGAGUAGAUCCCGCAUCCAACCAGGUCUUUGACCAGGGAACUGGAGAAUUCCCACUACCAUCGGUAGGCUAGUCGAGAUGUGAGCACGAUGGGAACAAACUUCCCAAAAAGCUAGCCUGGGCCGGGGUCAGCAUAAAAUGAAGGGGACGGCCCCUCAGAGGUACACUAUAUGGAUAAGUUAUUGCGUGAUUUCGAUAUAUCAAUAAGGGCCUUAAAAAGAGGAUAUUAGGUAGACGACUUCUGUUAUUCAAGAGUUCUCACCUCCUACUUCCCCCUUUGCUGUAAAAUAUGUGGGCGUCUCUUUUGCUCAAAGUUUUAAAAAGAGGAUUUUUGUCUACGGAUGUUGCUAAUGGAUCAACUUGAUGAGUCCUUGAAUCUGAAUGCUCUGGAACCCCAGGCAAGUAAAGACAAAAGCGACUUCCCCACCAUUGACUGACCUCUCUGGUCGGAUGUUACAGUCGACUCUACUUCUUAGUCAACCAGUAGUCUUUUAUUUGAAAAUUGCUUUCACAUCUCAUAUGACAUUUGUACCAACAGACUUCUUCAGAUACCAGUAAGGUAAGUAGCUACUCCAGCGAGUAAAUCCUGUCAUCCUUUACAGCAGACCAAACAGUAAAGAAAUCAAACAUUCUUACUUAUUUUACUCCCAAAACUAACUCUGACCUCUAUUCUUCCUACUUUCCUUCUUCCUUUGACAUCUUUCCGUCUCUCUCGCUCUCUUCCCCCACCCAUCAUCGUCUCAACCAAUGCGGACACCAGUAUCAACAUGGCCGAUGAUGAGGAAGAGAAUCACAUCCUCUCUUUCAAGUUCUUCGUCGACAAUAACAUCCUCCCUUUCCGACUCAAUUUACAGGAUAGUACUUCAGACACUCACGCUAGUCAUUGCCAACUCAAUCGGGAUUUUUGUUUGGAGAAUCCAGCCAAAUCCAAGUUUGAAUCUGUGUUUUCUAAAUCGAUGCCUCUCUUUCUCUCGCCAUGGAUACACAAAAGAAGACCUAGAUUGUUGCUUCUUCACUCUCUAAACUCGAGGUGAAUCUGAUCGAUUCUGGGCUUUGUUUGGCAAAUUCGGCGACAAUGAGAGUCGAGAAAGAGAAGAAGCAGAGUGAGUGGAAUGCUGCCGUCGGGAAUCAUGGCAUGCCUCUGUCUCAGAUCAUGUUGUCUCUGCCAAAUGAACUCACCACCGUUCGCUUCAUCUCUCUCGGCGCCGGAGAAUCCAUCGCUCGUCCUCCCUGAAAAAAAUCCAUCAUUCUCGUUGAAGAAAAGAUACUAAGGGGUCGUUUGGAAGUUACGAUUGUUAAAUAGAUGUACUGUUGAGAAUGCAUGUAUAAUACUAUACAUGUAUUGUCGAAUUUGAUGCAUUGUAGAAUACAACGUUUGGUAUGUGUGAUUGUGUAUGUCGCAUAAGCUAAAAGCUGAGACAAAACAAUCUCAACUCAACUAUCUCAACAAUCACAACUAAAAGUUGAGAUAUAACAAUCACUCAAAAUGAGUGAUAGUUUCUCUUACAUCACAGAAACAAUCCAUGUAUUGUUUCUGCUAAAAAAACAAAAAAACGAUGCAUUGUAAACAAUACAUGCAUAAUGACAAUCUCAACAAAACAAUGCAUUGUAUAAGUCAUUUGGAAGUUGCGAUUUUUAAAUAAAUGUAUUGUUGUGAAUGCAUGUAUAAUAUUAUACAUGUAUUGUCGAAUUUGAUGCAUUGUAAAAUAAUGUUUGGUAUAUGUGAUUGUGUAUGUCACAUCAACUAAAAUUUGAGACAAAACAAUCUCAACUCAACAUCUCAACAAUCACAACUAAAAGUUGAGAUAUAACAAUCACUCAUUUUAAGUGAUAGUUUCUGUCACGUCACAGAAACAAUAUAUAUAUUGUUUCUGCUAAAAAAUAAAAUAAAAGCGAUGCAUUGUAAACACAAUUCUAGCAUAUUGGACAUUUGAACAAGGCCCACUCCAUAGCCCAAUUCGAAAACUUGGUGAUGCGUUCGUUCCGGCCCAUUGCCGAUCGUUCUAAAUUGGAGUUAACGAGGGAAACGGCUAAGGAUAACGAGAAAACCAGAAACAAGCAACUGCGCGCCCGCGCCGGCACUCUCGCAGCUUGAGUUCUUGCCUGCCUACCUCCACUGCAUUCCUCUUUCUCCACCUUCCGCCUCCGCCUCCGCCUUCGUAAGUUCAAAGUUUCUUCUCCCUCAUUCACAUACAUUAAUUAUAUUAUCAUCUCCUUUCUCUUCUUUACUCUGUUAUUCGUGGGCAAAUUUCCUGAAGCUCUCUUCUUCUUGGCCGCCUUAGACAAAGGGGACUGACUGCCGUAGACUCGUACGACCGAACCACCAGCGAAACUAAUUUACACCAUGGCGCUUCGUUUCGAUGUUCUGGCGAGGUUUAAUCGUGCUCGUGCAGCUAAAAUGACGCUCCCUCAUUUUGUAUGUGAGACACCAUUGUUCAUGCCUGUAGGAACGCAAGGGACAAUUAAAGGUUUGACAACUAGCCAGCUUGAGGAGAUUGGCUGUCAAAUAAUCCUUGGGAACACAUAUCAUUUGGCACUACGUCCGACCUCUGAGCUUAUAGAUGAAUUAGGUGGUCUUCAUAAAUUUAUGAAUUGGCCUAGAGCACUGCUUACUGAUUCUGGUGGCUUCCAAAUGGUGUCGCUGCUGCAUUUGGCUGAUAUAACCGAAAAUGGAGUGACAUUUCAGUCUCCAGUGGAUGGAAGCCCCAUGCUCUUAACUCCUGAGGAGUCGAUUCAAAUCCAAAACAAAAUUGGUGCAGAUAUCAUUAUGGCUCUCGAUGAUGUAGUAAAAACCACCACUACUGGACCAAGGAUUGGGGAGGCAAUGUAUCGCACAAUUCGAUGGAUAGACAGGUGCAUUGCAGCUCACCAGAGACCAGAUGAACAAAACUUGUUUGCCAUUGUUCAAGGUGGUCUGGAUCCUGUGUUAAGGGAUAUAUGUGUUAAAGCCUUGACAAAACGGAACUUACCUGGCUAUGCCAUUGGAGGUCUUGCUGGCGGGGAAGAUAAAGAUUCAUUUUGGCGUGUUGUUGCUCAGUGCACUGCUGCAUUGCCUGAAGACAAACCCCGAUAUGUGAUGGGUGUUGGCUAUCCACUGGACAUAGUGGUUUGUAGUGCUCUAGGAGCAGACAUGUAUGAUUGUGUGUAUCCCACUCGUACAGCUCGUUUUGGCAGUGCUCUUACACCAGAGGGAGUGCUCAAGCUUAGACACAAAGCAAUGGCAGAAGAUACUCGUCCUGUUGAUCCCACUUGUGCUUGCAUGGUCUGCAGAACCUAUUCACGGGCGUACAUCCAUUCCCUUGUCACAAAAGAUGCCAUGGGGUCACAGCUUCUGUCAUAUCACAAUCUGUAUUACAUGUUGCAGCUGAGUAGAGACCUACACUAUUCAAUCAUACAAGGAAGAUUUCCGGAGUUUGUCUGCGACUUCCUGAAGAAAAUGUUUCCUAACGGUGACGUCCCCAAGUGGGUCUGCAAUGCCAUGGAGGUUGCAGAAAUUGAUAUUGGAGCUUGUUAGCCACCAUCCUCGUCCGAAGCAGAGGUAGGUGAUAAAAUGGUGUUUUUGGUUCCUGCAUGCGGUCGGUUUGGUUUUUGGAUUUCAUGGUUGGUUAAAAAUGGAUAUUCUUAUUUCUGUAGGUUUCAUGGGUUAGGUGUCAAAAUGGAUUGAAGUGCAAAUUGAAAUCCCGUAAGCAUGUUAUAUCCGUUUAAGCGGAUCUAGUGCAUUUUGUUAAACUAAGCGCCUGCCAUUUUCCCAGAGCAACUGCAAAUUUUUUUUAUACUCAAGAUAGCAUGGGAGACUCUUAAGAAAUCUUUAGCAGCAUUGUUUUGUCUCUAAGUGCUCUUAAGUUCAUUGUGACAUUGUGUAACAUCCGUGGUACCUUAUCAAAUUUUGUGCGUUGCUCGAACCACUUGUUAAUUAACUGGAAAAAUAGUUGAGAUGAAAAAAGUAACAAUGCAACAAAAAUUGGAGUUUUGUGGUUAAGUUACAACAAAAUAUAUUUAAGCGUCUAGCAUGCAACAAAAUUUUUAUUAAAUUUAAGCAGGGAUGGCAAUGGAUCGGGUUGGGGCGGAUAGUGGAUUCACGUCGGAUGGAGAGUGACCAAACGUGAAUGGUUUCAGUAAACUGGAGUACCACCAAUGGAUUUAAAUAUUUUGAGUGACCAAACUUGAACGUUUUUUUGUAAUCUCAGUGACCAAACUUGAACGUUUUUUUGUAAUCUCAGUGACCAACUAUGCAAUUAACCCUUUUUGUCAUUCCUAAAUUUUGCUGAAUCGCUAUUCGUCGCCCUAAAAUUCAAAUUUUAUCGCCCUAAAAUGUAUCACAUUGACACUCUUACCCUCCACUUUCAGUCCCGUUUCUAACCAAAACCCUACAAUCCCUUGCCUUGCCCAGCCGCCACGGAGCUCGUCUGUCUUCCGGCCGCUGCUGUCACUGUCAAUUCUUCUCUCGCCAGCUGCCCACCUCAACCCGACUGCCACCGGUGCUCUGCUUCUAGUACCGUUGGAGUCGAACCCAAGCAGAGGAGGAAGAAGACGAAGAAGGAGGCCACCGCUUCCCUAUUGUUGCUGCCGGAUUCUUCUGUUGUUGAACUGCCCCUAUGCAAUAUGGAGCAGGUAGCCAAUCCUCCCACCAUUUUUCGGCGGGUCUGCUUUGCAUUUUUUUCAUUUGUAUAAUUGAAACUUGUAAUUUAAUAAUUUGUUUUUGAAUAUUUUAUGUUUUUAUUGUGUAUACUUGUAUGCAUUCUUUUAGUGUUUAUAUGUUUUGAAAAAACCAAAAAUUAAGUUAAGGAUAUUUACGUCAUUUUAAUAAAAUUUAGAGCGACGAAUAAAGUGUUUUAGGGCGA